AUGGCACAACAACAGACGCCGCAGUCCCAGCCAUCGCUACCAUCACUGCCAGCACAUUUGCAGUCUGAUACUCACAUUACUGCUCACUUGGCAUCUCGCUUUCAUCUAUCAUUGCCCACGGCCAAUAUCAGUUCACAAGCUCUGGUUUCUUUGAACACCUACACUUCCCCUAAUGUUGCGAGUAACGAGUUGGAGGCAAUUGCAGGGCGAAUGUGGCGGCGGUUGGGUGGACGAGGUGAAAAUCAGGCAGUCAUCUUCUUAGGUGAAUCUGGCUCCGGAAAAACCACACUUCGAUCACACUUGCUUUCCCAUGUCUUGUCCUUCACCUCAACUCCGCUCUCACAGAAAAUAUCCUUGUUUACUUUUCUCUUCGACUCUCUUACAACAACUAAAUCCCUCACUACUCCCACCGCAUCUAAGGCCGGUUUGUUCCUGGAGCUUCAGUAUGACAACAUCUCCCAAACGCUCAUUGGUGGAAAACUUUUGGACCAUCGUUUGGAGCGUUCCCGUGUCGCCGGUGUGCCUACCGGAGAAAGAAAUUUCCACAUCCUCUAUUACCUGCUUGCCGGAACUUCCGAUGCCGAAAAAGCCCAUUUGGGGCUCAACAACUCUGCCACCGCGUCAAGCAAUAGGCAUAGCGGUGAUGCAUCAGGCCGUGGAGGCCAGAAGAGAUGGCGUUAUCUAGGGCACCCGACACAACUGAAGGUUGGUAUCAAUGACGCUGAAGGCUUCCAGCAUUUUAAGACAGCACUCAGGAAGUUGGAAUUUCCUCGACAAGAGAUUGCCGAGAUUUGCCAGCUUCUCGCCACUAUUCUCCACAUUGGUCAACUAGAAUUUGCCAAUGGCCAUACAACACAAGCAAACGGGGAAGAAUCUGGUGCCAUGGAGGGGGGCGAUCAAAUUGUAAAUGUUAAGAAUAAGGAUGUACUCGGAGUCAUUUCCGCAUUCUUGGGUGUUAGUACUGAGGCCUUGGAAAAUUGUUUGAGUUACAAGACGAAGACAUUGAAUCGGGAAAGGGUAACGGUUAUGCUUGACGCUAGAGGGGCUAGAGCUCAUGCGGACGAGCUGGCAAGAACUUUAUAUUCGCUACUUGUCACAUGGAUAAUCGAAUCUGCCAACGAACGCAUCUGUGCUGUUGAGGACGCAGUUGCCAACACAAUCUCCAUUAUCGAUUUUCCGGGCUUUACACAAGUUUCGGCCACCGGCAGUACCCUAGACCAACUGCUUAACAAUGCUGCCACCGAAAGUUUGUACAACUUUUGUCUUCAAACAUUUUUCGAUCGACGGGCGGAGCAGCUUGAGAGUGAAGAGGUCGGCGUCUCAGCUACCAGCUACUUCGACAAUUCCGAUGCUGUUCGCGGUAUUCUGAAACACGGGAAUGGACUGCUUAGUAUUCUUGACGAUCAAACGAAACGCGGGAAAACCGAUGCGCAGUUUUUGGAAAGUUUGAGGAAGCGAUUCGACUCGAAGAAUAACUCUGCCAUUACUGUCGGAUCUAGUGCAUCCGUUGUCCCGGGGGCCGCUAGAAGUUUCACCAUCAAACAUUUCGCCGGGGAGGUAGAAUAUCCAGCGAAUGGUCUCCUGGAGGAAAAUGGCGAAAUUAUUUCCGGCGAUCUCAUGAAUUUAUUUCGCGGGACAACUAGCACGUUUAUUACGGAAUUGUUCAGUAGCAAGGCUGUCACUACUGUCCACCACCCGCGAGAAAAGACCGCCAUUAUGCAAGGUCAAAUUGCGUCGAAGCCUUUGCGUAUGCCAAGCGUGAUGCGCAAGAGGGGCGAGCGGCCAGUGCGUGGAGCUGCCGGUGAUACCAAGGGCUUAGCACUCGACUCUUCUGCUGAGAUCAAUACCGUUAGCUCCCCUGACCAAGGCGCGGCAGCCCAAUUUGUUAGUGCCCUAGACACAGUAACACGGUCCCUUACUGGAACGAAUACCAAUCCCUACUUUGUUUUCUGUCUCAAACCUAAUGACCGAAGGAUUGCCAACCAAUUCGAUUCGAAGUGCGUCCGUACCCAAGUUCGGACAUUUGGCAUCGCAGAAAUUUCGCAGAGAGUUCGGAAUGCCGACUUUUCUGUCUUCUUGCCCUUCGGAGAGUUCUUAGGUCUUACGGAAGCUGAGAGCAUUGUUGUUGGUAGUGAAAAGGAGAAGACCGAGUUUGUUGUUGAGGAGAAGAAUUGGCCUAUGAAUGAGGCAAGAGUCGGAGCUACUGGUAUCUUCCUCAGUGAGAGGUGUUGGUUUGAGAUUGCCAAUAUUGGGGAAAGGGGCAGCUCUGCUAGGAGGUCAAUGGCUGGUGCUGGCUUUUUGGAUUCGGAUGAUCAUAGCAACCCGCUCACACCUGCUAAUCCCGAGUCAUGGCGCUCCCGGCCCAGGGGGCUUGGGAACACAUAUCUACGGUACUGGAAUUUCGAUACCCGGCAGCAGAUGGCAGAAAAGGGUCAGGCUGCUAGGGAGCAGGAGAUAGAAGAGUUACCGGUUACAGCGGGCCGUAAGCGGUGGAUGUUUGGUGUAUGGGCUAUUACAUGGUUUAUUCCCGAUUUCCUUAUUCGUUGGAUUGGGGGAAUGAAGCGAAAAGACAUCCAGGUUGCCUGGCGGGAGAAGCUUGCUAUCAACUUUAUGAUUUGGUUCCUGUGUGGUCUUUCGAUUUUCUUCCUUGUUUGGUUCCCGAUGUUGAUUUGCCCCAAACAAAAUGUCUUCACUCUUGAGGAACUGUCCGAUUACGACGGAGGCAAAGACCACAUGCAAAAAACCGCAUAUGUUGCCAUCCGUGGCGUGGUCUUUGAUCUCACCGAAUAUGCGCCUUCACAUUACCCAUCGCUAGUCCCGAGAAAGAACAUUAUGGCCUACGGAGGCAGAGAUGCAACCUCCUUAUUCCCGGUACAAGUGUCAGCUCUUUGUGAUGGUGUUGAAGGGUCUGUUAGUCCAUAUGUAGCUCUCGACUUCCAAGGCACCAAUGCGACUGCAGACCGAGCGCUCGACAAGAAUGCCCGUUACCAUGAUUUUAGGGCAUAUACUAAUGACUCCCGGCCUGAUUGGUUCUUUGAGCAGAUGAUGCUUCUUAAGGCAAAUUACAGAAAGGGUGACAUGGGAUACUCGCAGAAGUAUGUCAAGACUUUAGCGACUAAAAAGUCUCAGAACAUAGCCAUCAUCGGCGACCGUGUUUACGAUCUUAGUGAUUAUGCCGCUGGUGGAAGACGGAUCGAUCUUCCUCACAACACCGACGGCAUUGAUCAGACCCAAAUCAAUACCGAUUUUAUGGACACCAUGGUUCUAGAUUUGUUUACCCAGCGCUCGGGGCAAGAUAUCACCAAAUAUUGGAACGCUUUGCCUCUGACCGCAGACCGGAAGCAUCGCAUGAAGGUCUGUCUUGACAACCUGUUCUAUGUCGGAAAGGUCGAUACCCGUAACUCGGCACAAUGUCUUUUCGCGCAGUAUCUGCUUCUUGCUGUCUCCGCUAUGAUGUGUUCGGUCAUCGCUUUCAAAUUUUUGGCUGCGCUUCAAUUCGGUCGCAAGAACAUGCCCGAGAAUCUCGAUAAAUUCAUCAUAUGUCAAGUCCCCGCCUAUACCGAAGAUGAGGAGUCCCUCCGUCGCGCUAUCGACUCGAUUGCUAGAAUGAAGUAUGAUGAUAAACGCAAGCUCUUAGUCGUCGUUUGUGAUGGUAUGAUUAUUGGUCAAGGAAACGACAGGCCCACUCCGAGGAUUGUAUUGGACAUCUUGGGUGUCUCCGAUAGUGUCGACCCCGAACCUCUUUCCUUUGAGUCUUUGGGCGAAGGCCAGAAGCAACACAAUAUGGGCAAAGUCUACUCUGGAUUGUAUGAAGUCCAGGGACAUAUCGUACCGUUCAUGGUUGUUGUCAAGGUUGGAAAGCCUUCGGAGGUUUCUCGGCCAGGUAACAGAGGAAAGCGCGAUUCCCAGAUGGUCAUGAUGAGAUUCUUGAACCGUAUCCAUUACAACCUUCCCAUGAGCCCUCUAGAGCUAGAAAUGCAUCACCAAAUCCGAAACAUUAUCGGAGUGAACCCCACCUUUUAUGAGUUCAUGCUCCAGAUCGACGCCGAUACCGUUGUUGCUACUGAUUCUGCUACCCGUAUGGUUGCUGCAUUCUUGGCGGAUACGAGAAUCAUCGCGCUUUGUGGCGAGACCGCACUUACCAACGCCAAACAUUCGUUCAUUACCAUGAUUCAAGUUUACGAAUACUACAUUUCACACAAUUUAGCUAAAGCAUUCGAGAGCUUGUUUGGCAGUGUCACUUGUCUGCCCGGUUGUUUCACCAUGUACCGCGUUCGGGCUGCAGAGAGCGGCAAGCCACUCUUCGUCAGUAAAGAAAUCAUUGAAGCUUACUCCGAAAUUCGCGUGGACACCCUUCAUAUGAAAAAUCUUUUGCAUCUUGGAGAAGAUCGUUAUCUGACAACCUUACUCCUCAAGCAUCAUCAGAAGUAUAAGACCAAAUACAUCUUCAAUGCCCAUGCCUGGACUAUCGCUCCUGAUUCGUGGAGUGUGUUUAUGUCACAACGUCGUCGAUGGAUUAAUUCAACUCUUCACAACUUGAUGGAACUGAUGCCUAUGCAGCAGCUGUGUGGUUUUUGCUGCUUCUCCAUGAGGUUUAUUGUCUUCUUGGAUUUACUUUCAACGAUCGUCCAACCAGUCACUGUCGGUUACAUUGCUUAUCUCAUCUAUCAAGUGGCCACAAGCUCCUCCGUUAUUCCCAUGAUGGCCUUUGUCCUUCUUGGAGCCAUUUACGGUCUACAGGCUAUUAUUUUUAUUUUGAGGAGAAAGUGGGAGAUGAUCGGAUGGAUGGUUAUCUAUAUCCUCGCCAUUCCUGUCUUCAGUUUCGCCCUCCCUCUAUACUCCUUCUGGCACAUGGAUGAUUUCUCGUGGGGUAACACUCGUAUCGUCACUGGCGAAAAAGGGCAGAAGAUUCAGAGCUCUGGGAAGCACAGACCCUCCGCGGCCAUGAUGAUACCCGUUCGGAGGUUUCUGGGUACUCUUAUGGGACCAAGUCUUAUGCACCAGCACAGUCGGAAUGGGGUGGAUAUGCAGCGCACAGCAGACCAAUGUCCCAGCUUGACGUGCCGUUGCCCCGCAACCAAAGCCGCUUGA